UGAAGGAGGUAAUCAAUCAAUCCAGCUCAUUAGCCCCCAGUUCAGGAGCUGUUCGCUUCGUGAACCUUAGAGGCUUAAUUGACUAGAAGUCCAACUUUAUUGGUUUUGACUGCGAGCAUGGAGGAAGACUGUGAUUUAGCAGAAGAUUUCGACUGUUCAAGCCUUCUGUGCGAGGAGCUGGAGGAUUUGGACACAAAAAACAACCAAGGCAGUGUGAGGAAGAGAAGGGAAGGAGGAGAGGAAGAAGUGUUUAAUGAGAGGGAGGAUGAAGAGGCCGAAGAGGAGUCCAAAGAAGACAAGGAUGGGGAGACAGAAAGUAAAGUUUUCAUGUCAGCAAAGGAACGGAUGUCUGUAACAGAGGGAGAAGAGGAGGAGCAGGUGAAGCCUGAGAGUGGGCCGAGAGCGGAGGAGGUGCAGGAGGUGCAGAUGGAAGGCGACACGAUAGAGAACAACGAGGAAACAAUUGCAGAGAAACAGCGGGAUGAAGAAACAAAAGAUCUGAAAGAAAAAGAUGAGAAGAAAAAGAGUAGGAAGAGGCGAGGUAAGGCUCAGAGUGUGAGAAACAGGAGAAAUAUGAAAGAUGUUUCAGAGGAGGAAAAGAGGAGUCAGAUACAGGAGGUGUCAGCCAUGGGCUCUGAGGGGAGCGUGAUUCUGUCAGAGCCUCCUAUUGGAUUAAUGAACACCUGCGACCUGUCUGAUCCUGUUUAUCUGGACUGCGGGGGGACUGGUCUGUAUCGCCAACCAGUCCCUGUUCCCCUGCUCUACUCCUCUCAAGCUCCUGUCCCCAUCCAGCCUGCGCCUCCUCACCCCCAUGGGACAAAGAGACCUCACAGCCCCCUUCUGUCUCACAGUGUCCCCCAGCAGGGCCCCCAGCCUCUUGAGAUGGAUAUCGCGCAGAUCUUCUCCAACCGGCGCUCCAUCCGCUACGGCAGCAAGGGUCGAGGCCGAAUGCUUAGCUUCCCCCUUAUGCAAGGGUUAGAGACGGUGGACAGCAGCAUGCUGCCCCCAGCACCCAAAAAGAAAACACGGACUCUCUACAGCACAGAUCAGCUUGAGCACUUAGAGGCCUUGUUCCAGGAGGACCACUAUCCUGAUGCAGAGAAGAGGAAAGUUAUCGCUGCUUCAGUCGGUGUUACACCUCAAAGAAUAAUGGUUUGGUUUCAGAACCGAAGGGCUAAGUGGAGAAAGGCGGAGCGCUCCAUCACAGCAAAGAUUGAACAAAGACAGAGUAAAACUGGAUGCAGCAGCAGCCCAACACAUAAUCAGAUCAAUCCCACACUGCCACCAAGCAGUAAGGGAGCUCCCUCUUUUUCUAGUCACUUUACCACCAAGCUGCCCCCACUCGCCCCUGCAGCACAUUCUUUCUCCACCCUGUCCAGCCAGACUCCACCCUCCUACAGCAACCUACUGACCACCUUCAAAAGCCCAGGUCAAUCCAGAGGGAGAGAUGGGGGCCAGCACCAGCUUUUAUCUCAGGGGGGGCUUGCAGAAAACCGCCCCCGCCCGAUGCACAGCCCUCCCCCUCUACAACGAGCCAGCCUCCCCCUUUUUACAACGGCUUACAAUCAGGCCAACCCCACCGCACCUCUGCUGAACAGCCUCACCCCACCUCUGUUCCUGGACGCUCUGGAGGGGGCCCAUCGUGACAACCAGCCUCUGCAAACUGACACCAGUUCUCUGUUUGACUUUGGGGAGAAGCUCGACUACCUGACCUCAGGCCAGCAGAGCAAUGCGCUCUCCUACCAGCUACAGACCUCCUACCCAUCCACUCAGCCCCAGCACCAACCUACAGCAUCUCUGCCCCGCAUGGCCUACCUCACCCCCUCCCCCUACCUCACCCCCAACCCUCCAGAUUCCAACCCUACCUCCUAUCUGACCUUUGCUCCAGGAGGAAACUCCACUGGGAUGGUGACCUACUCGACAGGAGGCCACACUUACUUCCAGUCACAGAGUACAGGACAAAUCCUUCUGCAGUCUGCUGGUCAUCACGGUGGGAUCACUGCGUACCAGUCAUAUCCCUGGGCUAAUAUGUAUAGUCAGCCUGCCCGCCACCAGCGUGCUCCAUGCCCUUCAACCUAUCCCGCCAGCUUGGGAAGUGCUCGGGAUCACCUGCCUCCCUCCUCCACCCUGCCUCCCCCUUCAUUCUUCCCCCAUGGGCCCUCACAUGUGAACCCUCAGCGCUCGUCACACACGCUCUCUCAAACCAUCAGCAGCAGCAGCACCAUCCUUCCUCCAGUGUCCACCCUGCGGCCGUCUCGUCUCAGAGCGGAGAUCACUCCGACCAAGGCUGCAUCCCUGCUGCCUUCUCAGGUCAGCCCUGCUUCUCCAGAAAGUCCUUCAGUGCCCCCUAGUGUCAAGAUUGAGUAUGACAGCCCUGGAGAGAUUCACAGCCACUUCCACUGUGACUUCUCUCCCCCCAUACAUUUUUGAAUGAGAGUUUGUGUGACAGUGUGUGUUGAAUGCAUAUAUCCAGUUUAACUGUGUGUUUCAGCAUGUCUGUGUUUAAUUUUUACUUAUCUAAAAAUGUUAUUGUGGAAGUUUGGUUGGGCUGCAUUCAGAUUGGUGGCAAUAAAAGGCUCAUAGCUGUGUUAACACUUUA